ACCUGGAGGAGCUUCCAUCAGCGAUGUGUCGUACAAAGUACUAAACUCCUGAAAAAUACACAUAUUUUAUGUUAAUUCUCCGCGCGGAUUAAAUUACAAUCUAAUACAUUGGGAAGAUAACACUCCUGGAUUAUAAAACUCGACUUUUAUGGAAUAUUAAAACAAGGAAUACUCUGCCAGCUCCUCGGACGUUUCCUACGAACUGCCACCGUGGUCCGCUACAUUUCAAGGGGUUAAAAAGUUUAUGCCAUACUUUACUAAAAAGUUGUGACCACAUUUACUCCUUCAGACGCAUCUACAGCAGCUCUUCCAGCCUCCAACCCCUGGCUGACCCUGGAAAUAACACCCCCCCCAAAUAAAGUCUGAAAAGAAGCAAAGUCUGCACAGGAAAUUAAGAACAGUUUUCCAUCUCUGCAGACUCUGAGAAAAAAAUAAUAUCACACAGAGGAUUUAUUUUAAACUUGGCGUCUGGAGCUGAGACGGGAAGUGUGGAGAGAGUCUCACCUGAGGCAGGUCUCCAUGUCUCCGGCGCGCAGCAUGAGGCUCUGAGGAGGCGGCGGGAUUUUAAACAAAGCUGGUUCAAACACGUAGAGGAGGAGGAGGAGGAGGAGGAGGGAGCAUGGGGAAGGAGCAGGACCUGCUGCAGGCGGUGAAGAGCGGAGACCUGCUGUCCACUCAGAAGCUGCUGUCCAAACUCAAAGCCAACCGAAACAAGUUGCUGGGCUCCACCAAGAGACUGAAUGUGAACUACCAGGACUCAGAUGGGUUUUCGGCCCUGCACCAUGCUGCCCUCACAGGGACCACAGAGCUCCUGUCUGCACUACUGGAGGCCCAGGCCACUGUGGACGUCAAGGACAGCAAUGGAAUGCGUCCGCUGCAUUAUGCAGCCUGGCAGGGAAAAGCUGAGUCGGUUCUGACGCUGCUUCGCUCUGGAGCUUCAGUGAACGGUGUUUCUCUGGAUGGGCACAUCCCUCUGCACCUGGCAGCGCAGUACGGACACUACGAAGUGUCUGAGAUGUUGCUGCAGCAUCAGUCCAACCCCUGUCUGGUAAACAAGGCGAAGAAGACUCCUCUGGAUCUGGCCUGUGAGUUUGGAAGAGUCCAGGUUGCCCAGCUGUUGCUGAGCAGUAACAUGGUCGUGGCGUUGUUGGAAGGAGAGAGGAAAGAGCCGACAGACUCGGCCUUCACCACGCCGCUACAUCUCGCGGCCCGCAACGGACACAAAGACAUCAUAAGGUUGCUGCUGAAGGCCGGCAUCGACAUCAACAAGACCACCAAGUCUGGAACGGCUCUGCAUGAGGCAUCUCUGUACGGGAAGACGGAGGUGGUCCGACUGCUGCUGGACGCUGGAGUGGACGUGAACAUCCGUAACACCUACAACCAGACGGCACUGGACAUUGUCAACCAGUUCACCACGUCGCACGCCAGCAGGGAUAUCAAGCAGCUGCUUCGAGAUGCAACGGGUGUCCUGCAGGUCAGAGCUCUGAAGGAUUACUGGAACCUCCAUGAUCCAACAGCCCUCAACAUCCGAGCCGGAGACGUCAUCAUGGUGUUGGAGCAGCACAUGGAUGGACGCUGGAAGGGCCACAUCCACGACACCCAGAGAGGGACGGACCGAGUCGGCUUCUUCCCUCCGUCCAUCGUGGAGGUCAUCAGCAGGCGAAAUGGGGGCACCCUGUCCCGGCACGCCUCUCUGCCCACCCAGCGCCAGCAGCAGCUGUCCAGAGCCCCCCUCUCCUCCAGCCUCAGCUCCGCCCCUCAGACUGACGACUCCUACACCCUGUACGCUCCCCCCACCCACGUGGUGCUGCCGCUGGCCAAUGGCCUCACUACCAACACAGGUGUGUCUCCGAGCCGCCUUUCACAGUCUGGGUGUCCCUUCGAGGACAUCUGGGUUCUCAGGGACUCGUGUCAUGCUGGAGACAGGAACAGUGUCGGGAGUACUGGCAGUGUUGGCAGCACCCGAAGCGCUGGCAGUGGACAGAGCACCGAGAGCAACAACGCACCCAACGGGCUCCAACACAAUGGUGGUCACCAUGACAACGCCAACAAGCCGGCGCCCUCUGCUGUUGAUUCUGGACACUUAGACUGUAGCAAACAGCCCGAUCUUCCUGCAGCAGGUGGGACUCCUCGGAGGCAGACGGUGACGGUGCAGAGACCUGCAGAGCAGAGCUUCUCCCAGCAGUUUGUUCGUCCUCAGCAGCUGCUGGAGGGAAAGGAUGCAGAAGCCAUCUAUCAGUGGCUGAGUGAGUUCCAGCUUCAGCAGUAUACUGGGAACUUUAUCAACGCUGGCUAUGACGUUCCAACCAUCAGCAGGAUGACUCCUGAGGAUCUCACUGCCAUCGGAGUGACCAAACCAGGCCACCGCAAGAAAAUCUCCAUCGAGAUCAACAACUUGAACAUCCCCGAGUGGCUGCCUGAGUACAUCCCCUCUGAUCUGGGUGAGUGGCUCAGUGCCAUUGGCCUCCCACAGUACCACAAAAAACUCUCUGAAAACGGCUAUGACUCCAUCAGUAUUGUCAAAGACCUCACGUGGGAAGAUUUGCAGGAGAUCGGCAUCACCAAGCUGGGCCACCAGAAGAAGCUGAUGCUGGCAGUGAAGAAGCUGAGUGACAUUCAGAGGGCAAUCCUUCAGGCUGAGUCAGGCCAAGGCACGCUGCGUCGCAAAGCCCCCGGAGCACUCCACCUGGUCACCAUCGAGCCGCCUGACUCGUCAGGUGAAUGCUCUUCUCCUCAUACCCCAAAGAUGCUGACCUUCCAGGACAGCGAGCUGAGCGCCGAGCUGCAGACGGCCAUGUCCAGCCACUAUGGCGGCUGUGAGGAAGGCUUGGCCAUCAAGAACGCAGUGGGAAUGUCUCAGAGCCAGGAGAGCAUUGACACCCGGUCCAGAGGCUCUGGGCGCUCCCAAGAGCCUCCUACGGCCUCCAUCAACCCCCACAGCUGGUCCCAGGAGAGCCUGGAAGGCAGCCCCGCUAAGGAGAGGAACCUCCCCGAGGGCUGGGAUCAGAGGCCUCUGCAGCAGCAGCCGCUGCCUAAACAGGUCCCCCUGGGCACGGCAACCGUGUUUAAGUACCCGGCAAUCCCAGCAAAGCCCAAACUGUCUGGAUCUCGUGGUCCCUCCCCUCAUGGCUCCCCAGCACUGAAGGGUUUCAGCUAUCUGCAUUCUCAUUGUGGCUCCACAGACUUGAGUUCAUCACCCAGGCCUGAGAACCACAGCAUGACUCUAACGCCGCCCAAAAAGCGCACCCAAACCCGCCACGCUCUGUCAGAUGGAGAGCCUGAUGAGGACGACGAUGAGCCGGCGUUUCGCUCCGGAAACCUGUCGUCCUAUGCCACCUUGACACGCAAACCCGGUCGCAGCCAGCUGGCUCGAUUGCAGGCGAGUCCAGAUAAAAACGGCAACGUGGGACGCAGUCAAUCCUUCGCGGUGCGCGCCCGGAAAAAAGGUCCCCCUCCUCCACCUCCAAAGAGACUGAGCUCAGUGAGUAGCACCACCAGCGGGGAGCUGAGCGACAGCAGCACGACAUCAUCUGCUGGCGGGGCGGUGACAGACAGUCCAGUGAGCGUAAGGAGCAUUGCAGCCUCUCUGGAAGGAAGGACAGAGGGGAAGAACCCUCCAGGACCUAAACCAGACCUUGCUCAGCAGGAGCCGCCUCCCUCCUCCCUCAGCUCUGCAGGGCAGGAGCCCAGAGAGGCUGGUGGGGUGAGGAGGAGGGUGCAGAGCGAGUGUAUUCCCAGUCAGACCAGCAGCUGCACCGAGGUGGAUCGAGGGGUGAAAUCAGAUUCUGAGGAAGAAGAAUCAAGAGGUCGUGGACUAGACAGCUCCUCGUCCCCUCAGAACAGCUCCAGUGAGUGCAUCCCCUUCGCCGAGGAGGGCAACUUGACUAUCAAACAGAGACCCAAAGCUCCGGGGCCGCCAAGGGCUGAGGCGGUGCUGGAGCCUCCAGAGAAACAAGCAGCCAAGAGCCUGGAUGUGCCCGAGUUUAACCUGAAGGAGUCGGACACGGUGAAGCGCCGACACAAACCCAAAGACAAGGAGCAGAGAGGAGGCUCCCCCGGCAGAGAGGGAGCAGUGGAAGCCGGUUCGGAGUCCAGCAGUAGCAGGCCUCCAUCGCAGUGCCAGGAUGAGGUCAGUCUGAGGAUUAGUGAGGUCAGUCUGGAUAGGCCAGCCAGUCCAGCAACAGGAUCCCCCAUCAAACCUCCACUCUCCCCAAAACCUGCGGUCGCCCCAAAACCUCUACGCCACAGUCUGCUGGCAUCACAAGCAGCUGGACUCCCGUCUCCGUCUGUGACGGUCAGUGUGGUUCAGAGUGUGGCCUUCACCUCUCCGUCCUCUCCCUCUCACGGGCCCCCAGCUCCAGCUCUGGCCCCUCAGAGUCCCUCUCUGACAUCAGCGAGGCCUCAGGUGUGUGUGGUGGGUCCUGGUCUCAUCCCUGAGUCGUCCUGCGGGACUGAGGUGGUUCAGCAGAGACUGGAUCAGACCAGCACGUCCCUGGCAGCAGCUCUGAAGGCCGUCGAGAGAAAACUGGAGGACGACUCAGACAGCGGAUCAAACACAGUGAAGUCUGCAGGGACGAUUCUGGAUGACAUCGGCAACAUGUUUGACGACCUGGCUGACCAGCUGGACGCCAUGCUGGACUGAAGACUUUUCGUAAACACCCCAAAAGAAAAUCCCUUAACCUCAGGAAGUGAAACAGAGAAAAAGACAAAGGGGAGAAAGGAGGUUGGAUACUUGUACCCCUCAGCUCUGAACUACAUGAUGGACACAGUCAGAGGACUGAAGGUCAGACACUCAGCCCGAACACCAGCACUUAACCUCCACCGUGCUUCCUCGACCAGCUCCCGGACUCCCAUCUCUGACUGACAGUGUGGACGGAUUCAAAGUCCAGCUGAGACUUUGUUAACGCCUGUGUCGUCAUGCUUUAUGGAAACAUGAACCAAACUAAAGUUGGGCCAGCGGUAUUUUAUCAGCCCACUGUGAAGAAGAAAAACUCCUCCACAGAUUAUACAGAUUAUUGUUAAACUAUAUAUUGUUACAUUAAGUUUAAUCUUAUUGACAUGAUAGAGAGCCGGUCCUGACUUCACUUCCUGUCCAGCGUCUGCUCCACCAGCUCCUGUAACUCAGUUUGCUCUGAAAAAGUACUUUUACUCAAGUACUCUACUUAAGUUCAGAUUUGAGGCACUUGUACUUUACUCAACUAUGUCCAUUUUAAGCAUCUCCAUACUUCUACUCCACCACAUCUUUGUACUCCGCUACAUUUAUUUGACAGCUUUAGUUACUUUGGAGAUUAAUAUUAUGAAUACAAAGAAUAAAUCAACUAAUAAUUUAUGAUAAAUUAUUAUUAUAGAUCAAUCUAUCCAGCGGUAUAUGGUAUAUAACUAUAUAUGGUAGUUAGCUCCACCUUUACCAGCUACAUUUACAUUACAUACAUUUAAUAAUUAUUCACCCUCCUAAUGAAGAUUUGUUUAUCAGUUACUCAUCCCGUGUUACUUCCAGUUUGUGAAGAAAUCACUGUGUUUGUGCAUCUGCCUUGAACAAAGAAUCCAAAAAUGGAGAAAAUCCUAAUUAAAUUUUGAUGGCCAUAAGUCAAAGGUCAUUGUCCCUGUAACCAUGCAUUUGUCUAAUUUUUGUGGAUGCACUAUUUCCAAAACAUCCUGAAGUAAUUUCUUCAAAUUUGGCACAAAUGUUCACUUUGAAUCGCAGAUAAACUGAUCAGAAUUUGAUGGUCAACAGUUAAGGUCACUAUGACUUGGCAUCCAUAUUAUUCUCGUGGAAGUAUUUUUCUGAUAACACCUUGAGGGAAUAUCUUCAGGUUGGGCACAAACAUCUACCAGAACCCCCAGAAUGGACAAAUUAAAUUUUGGUGGUCAUAGGUAAAACAUCAUGGUCCCUGUGACUUUGCAUUUGUCUCAUUCUUGUAAAUGCAAUAUUUCAAAACCACCUUGAGGGAAUUUCUUCAAAUUUGGCACUAAUG